GAUACUGUAGAAGCUUAUAGAUUCGUUGGGUAUCAUAAGCUACUGAACAAGAUGAAUCAUCAAAAUGGAUAUGGUGUGGAAGUUACUGGGUUAUCUCCAGCUGUUACUGAGAAAGAUCUCAUCGACUUCUUCUCCUUCUCUGGUGCGAUCGAACAUAUUGAUAUUGUCAAGUCGGGUGAGCAAGCGUGCACUGCUUAUGUCAUGUUCAAGGAUUCCUAUUCUCAGGAAACUGCUGUUUUACUCAGUGGCGCAACGAUAUUGGAGCAGCGCGUUUGCAUAACUCGUUGGGGACAGCAUCACCAGGAGUUUGACUUCUGGAACGGGACUCCACGGGGUUUUGAAGAUGAAACGUACUCACAUACUCCUCCUCAACGAGGUGAGUUCAACGCUGGAGAAGCAGUGACGAAAGCCCAAGAAGUCGUGAAAACAAUGCUAGCCACCGGGUUCGUGCUAGGGAAAGACGCUUUAACCAAGGCUAAAGGAUUUGACGAAUCCCACGGCGUAUCAGCUGCUGCAGCUGCUAGAGUAUCUCAACUUGACCAGAGGAUCGGUCUCACUGACAAAAUCUUCGCCGGAGUUGAAGCGGUCAGAUUGACCGACCAAAAGUACCAUGUUUCAGACAAAGCCAAAUCAGCCGUCUCUGCCACAGGUAGAACCGCGGCGGCUGCUGCAACAAGUGUUGUCAAUAGCAGUUACUUCUCCAGCGGAGCUCUUUGGCUGUCCGGUGCGUUAGAGCGGGCGUCUAAGGCUGCGUCUGAUCUUGGUAGCCGCGGCUCAAGGCAGUGA